AUGAAUGCGCCUACUUCCACGAAAUACAUCGAGUCGAUCAGUGGAGAGAACUUCAGUCUUCACUACAGGAUUCAUCGCGACUUUGAAUUGGCCAAGGCUGUGGAUAAGCGUCAUCGCGGCAUAGGGAUCGUAUACACGCUGGAUGGAAAUCCACAUGAUAGAUGGCACUACUACUUCCCCUUCCCGUCCGGCACCAGAAAAGGUUGUCUUAGCUAUCGCGAGUCAACAGACUCGCAGGGACGGAAAAUACACCAGCCUCUGCGGUUUGCUACGAUCACAAUCCUUGAGUCCGACGACAAGGAUCGCAUAGAGAGGGAGAAGAAGUCUUCUGCUCAACUGGGAGUCCUACAAGUUGAAUUCAGGCUCAUUACAAAAGUAAAACAAGAUAUUCCCAGCGAAGAAUCUGUUUGUAAGGAAGGAAACAGCACCACCGAUGAGGCUGAAGCAGAAGAUUCCGCAAAGCCGCUAGAGUUGGCCGAAAAGGCCCUCAAGGGCCGGGCAAUAUCUAAUUCUACAAGCCUUGGACCAGCUCGGGUUAUCGGACGGCGGCCCCGUAGCGUCACUUCAUCUGCGAACCCAUCCGCGAAGAGAAAGCCAAAAUGGCGAUGGAAAUACAUCCUGAUGAAGGAUGAGCCCCCCCUUGCCGUCUUCAGAUUCCUAUACAGAUCAAUGGAUGAUCUGCAAAAGGAGCUGAUAGUUCCAAGAAAUCCUGCAGCAUUGGUGGAGAGAAAAGAGGUUUCGAUUGAGAAUCUUUCAAUGGAGGAGAUCAUGCAACUUGCACGAGAGAGACUCAAUCAAAAGAAUGCUGACACCAAGGUUAAAACCGAGGAGAAACCAACUCUCAAGCGACCACACGGUGACAUCAUUGAUGUGGAGGACACAGGCUCAAGUGAUGGAUCUGGAAAUUCUAGACAAAGAAGAAUCUUCAUUGAUCUUACAGAGUAG